AACAUAGGCUCCAUUCACCUCUCGGUCCCCUGCCCUUUCCCACCCUCACGUAGCUCCACCGCCCAAUGUAUAUAUAUAUGCAUGAUUUUUCUCUGUCUCAGUCUUAACUCAAUUUUCUUCUUAAUCACACACAACUCAGAAAACACUAUUCUUGCCCUCUCCGAAGCUCCAUUUAGCUCAGACUACUUUUUGUCGGCAGCUGCAUUCCUUUUUCUUCACUGAAAUAUACUAAAUCAGAAAGCCAAAAUGUACUAUGGCCGGAUAGACAAACAACCCAAACCUAAAGAUCCCUCUCGCCGACAAAUACUCCCUAACUCAGCAGACAAUGCCACCUCUAACCCCCACAGACUUAAACUCUUACUACUCAUUUUCUCCACUAUCCUUAUACUUGCCUCUGGAAUUUCUGCCGCUGUUUUAGUUACUGUCCGAAAUAAAACCGGUCCCACUCCCACAUUGCUUCAUUCUAAGCCUACCGUAGCCAUGUCACGUACCUGUAGUCGCACUCGUUUCACAACCCUAUGUUUAAAAUCUUUGCAUGAAUUCCCUGGCGCACUCUCUGCCUCCGACGACGACCUCGUCAACAUUUCCGUCAAUUUGACGCUCCAACGUUUUGGCAAAGCACUUUACAUGGCUUCCGACAUUAGCAACCUUUACAUGAACACACGGAUAAGGUCGGCUUACGAGGAUUGUCUAGAGCUGCUAGAAGAAUCAAUUGACCUUUUAGCCCGUUCCUUAACCUCCGUCUCCCCCGGCGCCGGAAAGUCAAACAAUCACGACGUGCUGACGUGGCUUAGCGCCGCUCUGACCAACCAGGACACGUGUACGGAGGGUUUCGCUGACGUUAACGGGAACGUUAAGGAUCAGAUGACGGAGAAAUUAAGGGAUUUGUCGGAGCUAGUAAGCAAUUGUCUGGCCAUAUUUGCGGCCAUGAACGGCGACGAUGAUUUCUCCGGUGUUCCGAUACAGAAUCGACGGCGGAGAUUAAUGGGAUCAACUGAUGAUGCAGGUACUGUAGUGUCGGCAAAAGACGAAGAUUUUGCGCCUUUUCCAAAAUGGUUGAAUAGGAAGGAGCGAAUAUUACUGGAGACGCCAGUGUCGGCAAUACAAGCAGAUAUAAUUGUGUCAAAGGACGGUAACGGUACGUUCAAGACAAUUACGGAGGCUAUUAAGAAGGUCCCAGAAUACAGUAAUCGUCGGAUAAUAAUUUACGUCAAGACAGGAAGGUAUGAAGAGGAUAACCUGAAAAUUGGGAGGAAAAAGACGAACGUGAUGUUUAUAGGAGAUGGAAAAGGCAAGACGGUGAUAACAGGAGGAAAAAGCGUAUCACAGAAUCUGACGACAUUCCAUACCGCCUCUUUCGCGGCAACUGGAGCUGGUUUCAUUGUAAGGGACAUCACAUUUGAGAACUACGCUGGACCAAGCAAACAUCAAGCAGUAGCUCUUCGCGUUGGCGCUGAUCAUGCUGUGGUCUAUCGAUGCAAUAUCAUCGGAUACCAAGACACUCUCUACGUACACUCUCAGCGCCAGUUCUAUCGCGAGUGUGAUAUCUAUGGUACGGUUGAUUUCAUCUUCGGUAAUGCAGCAGUAGUCCUUCAAAACUGCAGCAUCUACGCUCGAAAGCCCAUGGACUUCCAAAAGAACACCAUCACUGCCCAAAAUAGGAAGGAUCCCAAUCAAAACACUGGCAUUUCAAUCCAUGCUUGCAAAAUCGCAGCCGCAUCUGACCUCGAGGCGUCCAAAGGAAGCUUCCCCACUUAUCUCGGUCGACCGUGGAAGUUGUACUCGCGAACAGUCAUCAUGUUAUCUAACUUGGGUGAUCAUAUACACCCGCGCGGUUGGUUAGAGUGGAAUGCUACAUUCGCACUUGAUACAUUGUAUUAUGGCGAAUAUAUGAACUAUGGACCGGGAGCAGCCGUGGGGCAACGGGUGACUUGGCCAGGGUAUCGGGUGAUCACGUCCGUGGAAGAGGCCAGCAAGUUCACCGUUGCACAAUUCAUUUUCGGAUCGUCGUGGUUGCCUUCAACUGGGGUGGCUUUCUUGGCAGGGUUGAAUACCUGAAAUUAAUUGUAUAAUGAACAUACUCCGAUUAAGAUGGAGAUUUUAAUAUGUUUUGUGCAGUGGUAUAUGAAUAACUAAUUAUGUCCCAUUAAUAGGUCGCUAAAUUGAAUUUGCUCCAUUAUUGGUGAGCUGACUGAAGAUACAUUUCAGAUUACAGCUUCAUUGUUUUACUAAGUGCAUGUAAUUUGUUUUUUACUUUUUGUUAUUAUUUGAUCAUAUAUACUAGCAAAAUGUAUCCUUUUAAUGAAAAGGUGAAAGCUUUCA